GGCCAAUUCCCCAAGCUUGGAAUCUUUUAUUUGUUACGGAUACAGGGGGAUGGAAACGCACGAGAACACGACUCCAAUGCGUCGCAUCCUUUCCCAACUCCAGCACUGCGCGCAAUCGCCUUAACACCGCCUGGGACCUACGGUCGCUAGUCUUCGAUGACGCCACUAACCACGGCCGCAGCACACAGGCACGAUGGAUGGCGGUGACCCUGCAGUCGAGCCCAAGCUCGACUCGUUCAGUCUAGCAUUUCCUCUGCCCUACCGAGUCGCCUUCAUCGUGAUUCUGGCCGUCUGGGGAUGGGGUGCCAACCUCCACUUCCUCUACCUCCGGCGCAUCGACGUGCCCUCCUUGAUCCGCUACCCGAGCCGGUCCAACUCGUCGCAACCCACCCACCACCACUCGACCUACCGGCUCGCGUCUUUCCUCUCCAUUGCCUCCUCCCUCUCGAUUCUCACCUUCUGGCUCUUCACACGCCGCGACCCGCGCCGGGUGAUCGACUAUGACUGGCUGCCCAUGACCAACCUUCUCGUGCUGGCCGUGCUUUUCGCCGUGCCCCUCCACCGCCUCCCCGUCUCCUACACGGGCCGCAGUCGCCUGCUCCGGACGCUGCGGCGCGUCAGCGUGGGCGGGCUCGCCGAGGCCAAGGACGGCAAGUUCGGCGACAUCCUGCUAGCCGACGUGCUGACCAGCUACGCCAAGAUCUUGGCCGACCUCUUCGUCUGCAUCUGCAUGUUCUUCUUCGAGGGCCGCGACGGGUCUGCUACUGCCAGACCCGACCGCGCCUGCGGAGGUGCCGUGCUCGUGCCCCUGAUCAUGGCGCUGCCGAGCGCCAUCCGCCUGCGCCAGUGUCUGAUCGAGUUUGUGCGCGUGCGCCGCGCGCCGUACAGGGAGGCCACCGGCUGGGGCGGGCAGCACCUGGCCAACGCGGCCAAGUACUCGACGGCGUUCCCCGUCAUUGUGCUAGGGGCGAUGCUGAGAAAUCGCAAGGACGGGUCGUCGGGCUUAUACGGCGCCUGGGUCGCGGCUUGCCUGCUCAACUCUCUCUACAGUUUCUACUGGGACGUGACCAAGGAUUGGGACCUGACGCUCCUGACAAGGGAGCGGGACUCGCCCGAGCAUCCGUUCGGCCUGCGGAGGGUGCUGCUGGUGCAUAAGCCGGGCGUGUACUAUGUCGUCAUCGCGCUGGAUCUGGUGCUGCGGUGCACGUGGAUGAUCAAGCUGAGUCCAACGGGGGACCGCAUCAGCGAUUUCGAGAGCUCCAUCUUUCUGAUCCAGUUCUUGGAGGUGUUCAGGCGCUGGGUAUGGAUUUUCUUCCGCGUCGAGACCGAGUGGGUCCGGAAUUCGUCGAGCCUCGGGCUGGAUGAGAUGGUUCUGUUGAGUGAUUAUCAGGGGAACAAAUACGAGGACGAGGACUAGGAAUGGGUCGACGUUCAGCGUGACGUUGGAGUGCUAGAGCGGUUCGGCAGUUGCAUGCAUCUAGAUAUAGGGGUUUGUGGCGUGGGGUGGCUUGUCCGUGGGUAUUGGGAGCGGGCGUUAGACAGGGCGUCGGCAGAGGUAUGGAAAGUCAGUCCCCUAAUAGCUCUGAACCUGUAGACUAAUAGGUUCGGCCCUAUAGAACAUCCAAACAUAUCAUCCAC